AUGCGACGGUUGACGACGUUUACCGCCACUAUGGUGUUGGUCGGAAUUCUGGUGUCUGCUAUAGGACGCCUGGCUCCAUACGCUCCGAACUGGCCACACCGGUUGACUACGGCUACGUUGACGGCGUAUGUGAAUAAAACGUUCGGACCGUUGCAGCGGUGCUUGAAAGUGGCUGCCGACGACACCGCCGAGGCUGCCGCCAUAGUGGCCAUGCUCUACUCGCAGCGGGACAGCGACGGUGCGGGCGGACAUCCGUCCUACGUGCAGGACGUCCCCGCUAGGACGAUCGCGUUGGUCGCGUCUGGUAACGUUUCGGAGUUCUGUUCUGCCUACGUGGUUGUCGGACGUCAUCUGGAAACGAUCGAUAAGUAUUUCGAGUAUUUCAGAAGUGAUGCGGCCGAGAGGAUGUUGGUGGUCGUCGUACAGGAUAGAAAGUACAUUAAGCCGUUUAUCAAAUACUCACCCUCAUACUUCAAUUAUAAAGAUGUUAUACUUAUAAAUGUAUAUCCACAAAAAGAAUCAGUGUAUCAAAUGAGUAUAUACUUCAAAAAAUUCGUUCCUAUUUCCAAAAAACAUGACCAAUGGUUUAGACAUGACUUGCAAGGAAAACAAAAAGUAAAAAACUUUCAUAAGACCCGAAUUAAGUUAUUGGCUUACAACAAUUCAUUUUUUAGUAGUGUAAUAAAAGAAAAUGGAACGGGAAAAAUAAGCUUAUCGUAUGGCGUCGAAUGUAGUAUAUUUAAAGAAAUCGCUACAAGAUUGAAUGUCACAUGGGAUACAUACACGUCUGAUGACAAAGAUAAAUGGGGGACUGUGUGGUCGAACAACACAAUAACCGGUGGUGCACUCAAAUGGUUGUACACUAAAAAAGUUGAUGUGUCAUUUUGUUCGCUUUGGACUGAUCAUAUAAAAUCAAAGUUCGUGGACAUGUCUAAAUUUUGGACAUUAACGUGUUUAAAGUUUUUGGUCCCCAAGCCCCGGCCGCUGCGAGAAAAAUGGGACUUGCUGUUUAAACCGUUUCCGUUAAGUUUGUGGUUAUUAGUUUUAUUUUCUGCGACAUUGACAACAUUUACAGUAUGGAUAUUGGCUUGCGUUCAAAAAAAAAUUGGCUAUGAAAAUAUUAACGUAUUUACUUCGCUUUCAACAACCAUUUUUUGGAUUAUCGGAAUGAUGUUAUUGACGAACAAUCCACGUACUUAUCGAAUGGGACCUAUUAGACAUUUGAUCAACUGGUGGUGUAUAUUUAUAUUCAUUAUGUCUACUUCGUUUUCCAGCAUUCUUUAUUCAUUCAUCACAUCGUCCGAGUACACAGACAUUGUUUUGGAAGUUGAAGACAUGGUGAAAGCGAAUUAUCAUUGGGGUCUUACGUACCCUCCUCCUUAUAAGUAUAUACUUAAAAUGCAGAAUCCGGUGCACGUGAAGUUCAGCAAGAGGUUCUUACCCGAACGUAGCGUGGACGACCGUAUCAAGCGACUGAAGCGCGGCCGGUACGCAAUUCUGUCCAAGUGCCUGUACGAGAAACACUUCAUGGAAUCGGAAGAUGUGCCGGUGUCCAUGCUGAACAACCUGCGAACGGGCCGGACGUGCAUGAACCAGUUCUACAUCGGGUUCGGGUUCGCCAAGCAGUCGCCGUACGUAAAACCGGCCAACUUGGUCAUCCAGCGGAUUUUCGAGAGUGGGCUGAUCGACUAUUGGCUGAGCCGAGUGACCGAGGUCCGCAUAUCGCCAGCCACGUUCGAGCAGGUGUACGAGAUAAAGCCUCGCAGGGGCGGUAACCCGUCGCCGCUUAGCUACAAACAGUUCAAAGUCGUCAUGGUCGUAUGGAUGGUCGGAUGCGCGCUGUCGGCGGCUGUGUUUGCCGUCGAAUGUCGGUACGGUCGUGGAGGCGCGAACCGAUCGCGCCGCGUUUAAUUGCUAUAUACUGUAUAUAGUCAGUAGUCACCCACAUUAAAUUAGUAUUUUUCGGAUUAAAACUUAAAAACACAUUACUACUUCACGUCUAUAUCAAGUGUUAAACCUGGUUCUCAUCGCGACUUGAAUAUUUGAUC